GACUGGUGACGGUGCUUGGGUGUGACGGAGACAGACUCCGCUCGAUGUCAUCACACGCACAGUAUGCAGGAUGACACGCACACACACACCCAGAUACUGACCGACCGAGCCCGGAGGCUGCGCACCGACCUGCACUGCCCCACACCCACGAGCCAGGAGAUGGCGAUGUCAGCGGCUACAGGUGGUCACCAUCAGCACGGCGGCACAGUGAAACAGAGGAGGUGGGGAGGUUUGAGGCAACAGUGGAAGCUUCUGGGCUUGUUUCAGAUUGAUCAGCAACAUGAGUUCUACAGCCUAACCUGCAUGAUGAAGGAGGGAUUGGCAGCAGCUAUCCAAAGCUCUAUUGACAACGCACCAACAAGGGAUGUAUCCGACGAUGAUUUUAGAGUAGUGGUCACCCAGAUUCAUAAGGUAGGUGCAACACAAUGUGUCAAUAAUUCUGUCCAGUCCAUUUUUGGAGCUUGGUGGAUUAUACAAUGGAGACGUCCAGGCCCGGUUUUUGCAAGCCUGCGAGGCUCUUUGGGAAUAACAGAGCAGGAGUAUCAGCAGUCACUCUGCUCUGAAAACUGCUACCUCCAGUUCAUCAGUAACUCUAAAAGCAAGGCUGAUUUCUUCCUGACAAAUGAUAAACGCUUCUUUUUGAAGACCCAGAACAAAAGGGAAAUGAAAUUUCUUCUGGCCAACCUGAAGAUCUAUAUGGAACAUCUGAGGACAUACCCACAUUCACUACUGGUCAAGUUCCUAGGUGUCCACAGGAUUAACAUCCCACACAGACUGAAGAAAUAUUUCAUUGUAAUGCAGAAUGUGUCUUAUCCAGAUGAUCGAAUCAGUGCCAGAUAUGACAUUAAGGGCUGUGAGGUGAGUCGUUGGACAGAACCUGCACCAGAAGGAAGCCAGAUUAUUGUGGUUCUGAAAGACCUCAACUUUGAAGGCCAGUACAUCACUCUCGACAGGGAGCGUCCCUGGCUACUGCGGCAGAUGGAGAUUGACACACAAUUCCUCCGGAGGCUCAAUGUGUUGGACUACAGUCUUCUCCUGGCCCAUCAGCCCUUACACCACGAUGAGCGUCACCAGAGUCUCUCCUUUGCUACUCUCAUCACAAGAACCAAAAAAUCAUUGAAUCCAGGCUCCAGCCCUAUCUACGCAGCCAUCACCAUUGUCCCUGGGGCAGUCCGAGAAGAUGAAUUCACCUUACAUGAAGCAAAUAACAGCUGUUUGAAACAACCACAAGCAGGAGAUGCAUCAAGUAGUAGUACUCUUCCAAUUUCCCCAAAGCUUCUAGGGCCAGGCAGUGGCCCAGCUGAGCUUCGAGACCUUGUGACCCAAAACCGACGUUUACUGCCCAAUGUAAAGAAUCCCCUGCAUGUCAUUGAUGGCCCUGAGCAGCGCUACUUCAUUGGAAUCAUUGACAUUUUCACAGUUUACAGUUUUAAGAAGAGGCUGGAGCAACUCUGGAAGACGCUGAGAUAUCCGGGCCGGUCCUUUUCCACUGUAAGUCCACAGACUUACUGCCUCAGGCUAUGUCAGUGGUUAGAGGACCAUACCAAGUAGACCCUGGUGGAGUACCACCAACACUCUCUGAGAGGAUAUCCAGUGCAGUCCAUUCAUUUUUCCACAUGCUCAAAAUACAAGCCUGAUCUUUGUGGAAAUAUAUUUGCAUCUUAUUUCUGAGCUUGUAGUAACAUUUUUGAGCACAGAAAAAUAUUUUCUACAGGCAUGUAAAUUAUAUACAGUAUAUAAAUUAUUAAAACACA